AUGCUCGUCCAGCGUGCCAUCCGCCGCCCCGGUGUCUCGUGGCAAACAUGUAAACCGCUGGCCCUCGGGCCCAUGCCCCGGAGGACCCUCACAUCAGAACAAAUGAAAAUCGUCCAGUCGACGAUCCCUGCGCUGGAGCAGCACGGGAUGGCCAUCACGAGCCUCCUGCACAGGCGGCUCCUCGACUUUCACCCCGAGCUGAAAAAUGUCUUCAACACGACGCACCAAGUCACCGGCGAGCAGCCCGCGGCGCUCGCCCACGCCGUGUGGGUGUACGCAUCCAACAUUGACAAUCCCGCCGCCCUCCAAACGACCCUGUCCCGCAUCGGCCACAAGCACGCCAGCCUAGGCAUCACCCCGGAGCAGUACCCCAUCCUUGGCGAGGGCCUCUUGGCGGCCAUCAAGACGGUGCUGGGCGCCGCCGCCGACGACCAAGUCCUGGAUGCCUGGGGAGCCGCGUACGAGAAGCUCGCCGAGUACUGUAUCCGGUUCGAGGGCGAGCUGUACCGCCAGGCGGCCGCGACCCCCGGGGGCUGGAAGGGGUGGCGCAAGUUCUUCGUCUCGGACAGGACGCAAGAGAGCGACGCGGCCAUCAUGUCCUUCCACCUGACGCCGGUCGACGGGGGCGCCCUGCCGGCGCACAAGCCCGGGCAGUUUGUCACGGUGCGGCGCUUCGUCCCGGAGCUGGCGUCGUACCAGCCGCGGCAGUACGGCGUGUCCGGCGCGCCCGACGGAAAGUCGCUCCGCAUCUCGGUCACCGGGGCCGCCGCCUCCGACGCCCGUCCGGCCGGGCGCGCGGCCGGCGUGCUCCAUGAGGAUCUGCCGGCAGGCGCGGAGCUCGACGUCAGCAUGCCCCUCGGCGGCCUGGUGCUCGACGUCAACGCCGCGACGCCCGCCAUGGCCAUGCUCAAGACGCUCGUGGACCAGGCGAGCUGGAGGAGCGUCGUCUUUGUGCAUGCCGCGCGCGGUGGCCGCGGGCACGCCAUGAAGGCCGCCUUGUCCGAGAUUGUCGCCAACAAUCCCCAGGUCCGCCGGGCCGUCUUCUACCAAGAGGUGACGGACCGGGACCAGCAGGGCUUCGACUACGACUUUGCGGGAGGGCUUGAGCUGAGUAAAAUCAAGGACGUGGUGCUCCUGCCCGGCGCCGACUUCUACAUCUGCGGCCCGCUACCGUUCAUAAAGGCGCAGAGCAAGGCUUUGAUGUUGAUGGGCGUGGACGAGGGGCAUGUUCACAUGGAGCUGUUUGGCUCGCCUUCUGAAUGA